AUGCCCCAUCAGCUUACCCUCAACAUAGCCCGUAUUCCGAAAGAAAAUGAGUUGGCCGACAAGAUUGUUAAACAGAAGAAAACACGAAUCACUUUCAAGGGAAACAACAUCAAAUCAUGGCACACAAUACUGGAGCAUGACAAUCCUCAGCGCAACAUGGACGAGGGUGUAUGGUUGCUGUUUAAAGAGACAGGGAUGGCAAAGGCUUGA